AUGCUCUUCAUAAAGGCGGCACGCCACCACGCGUUCGACUCUUUUCCAGGCGGUCAGUGGGCGACGACCGGCACUAGUGUCCAGUGGUCUCUGGCGACGUUCACACGUCAGGGUAUUAUGAACUCAGCGACGUUCAUGCUCCUGCUGUACCUCGUUAAGACUCGUAUCGUUCUGUCCACCAGCCGACUGUUCGAAGAGCUCGCGGAUCGGAGAGCAGCCAGACUGGUCAGGGGAGGCGGCCUCGAUUGCGACAGUCAUUAUUUGCAGCUGGACUUUAUUUGUGACCCGAAUCAUUUGCUCAGCCAUACGGAAGCGGCUCUGCUCAACGAGACGAUAUCCAGAAAUUUUACGCACUGUUUCAUAAAGGACACCAGGCGGUCGAAGAGAGAAGUACUCAAUAAGUACUCGAUCGGCUUGGCACUGGCCAAAACGAUACACGGCGCGGACCUGCAUGACUGCUCAGAGAAAACAAAGUCAAGAAUCGACCUGUUUGACCAACAUCCUGAAACAGGGAAAUUUGUUCAUCUCGCCAUGAAGCACCUCGCUAUCCAGCUGAGGUUGAUCGCUGCAGACAGCGGUCACGAACUCUUGCUAGCCGUUUCUUUCAGCGACCGUGUCCGAAAGCUCAUUUCUGAGCAAAACGCAAUGAGCAUGUUCAAACGGACACUGAGCAGGUCAGAUCCUCGAAUGCCACUGACUAUGAUUUCCACGGAGAACAUUGUGACGGCCUUCAAAAUGUUGGACUCCAUACUUUGGAACGUUAGCUCGGUUAAGAAAUCACCCUCACGCCUACCCUCACAAAAAAUCCCCUUGUGGGCCCUGAUCUUGUUCGUCAUUUCCUUCGUGUUGACCGUUGUCUGUGCGACCGUUGGUCACCUCGUCGCCUAUGGCAAACGAGCCCGUUUCAAUAGCCAGCACACGUCCGUGUUCGCCAAAACGACACCUAACGGCAGAUGGAGGGCCGGUUUUGGCGGGGGCUUGAUGAAGAUACGCAACAACAGUCCUUUCACCAAUCAGUCUCAUCAUGUGAAUAACGGAAAUUUUGGACCGAGGACAAGACUUGGUGGUGGACUCAUCUUGGCCAGAAGGAAGGACCCAUACAAUUAUUCAAAUCCUUACAGGGUCGUCUAA